CCAGUCACAAAUUAAUUUUUGUGGUGUCUUCUAUUGUGUUGCUUUGUUGUUAGCGAUUGUUGAUGUUCUGCGGCAAGGGCAUGGAGCUUGCGUCCGCUGGCUGCGCCGACUGCUGCAGCGACUGCGCCAGCACCGCCCCCGCUUGCUGUACGACGGCAACGGGCUGCUGCGACGCUGCCUGCUGUGAGGCAAAUUGCCAGCUGCUGCCGCCGGAUCCCAUCAGCUAUGAAUACCACGAGCCGGAGGAGAACUUUGUGUCCAUUGACGAUGCCAAGAUUAAGAGUUUGCUGCUCAAGAUUGGCCAGCAGCAGCAGCAGGAACUGCAGCGUCAGCAGCAACAGCGGCAUCAAGAGCAACAACAACAUCAACAGAUAAUCGGGCUUUUGGACGAUGAUGAGGCAACUGUGGAGCCGCCGUUAAUGAUAAUUGGUCCAGCGCGUAGCUUGAAGCCGAUAAUGCGAUCAUCACCAGAUAUACAACUCAUACCCAAGCAGUUGGAGCCACAGCGAAUUGUGGCCAGGAUUGAGUUGAGUGAUAGCGAGGAGGAGGAGGUGGAGGAAGACGCAUCUAGCGAGGAUGAGGAUGCUAGGGAUUUACCCUUAACGGCCGUUAGCUGUGAACUGAACGAUCCCAGCCAGAUAAUCGUACUGCAGUCGGAUGACGAUGAGCAGCAGUCGCUGACAACGAAAGCAGUUCCCAAAAAGCGGCCAACAAGACCAUAUAUUAAACGACGUGGUCGUCAUUUCUACCAAUGCCAAGCUUGUGGCAAGAAAGUGCAAUCCAACUACAAUCUGCGUCGUCACAUGAUGAUACACACAGGAGAGCGUCCUUUUCCAUGCGAUUUGUGCGAACGUCGUUUUCGAGAGUUCAGCGAUCUCAAAAAGCAUCGACGGCGUCACAUAAACGAUCCGCGCUAUAUAUGUAUGAUAUGUCGGUUGCACCCACCCAUGGAGCAGGACUCUACGCGGUGUGUGGAAUGCGAGGGAAAGAAUCUGUUGCUCAAUCCUUCCGAAAUGGAGGGCAACCUGAGUGCAAAUGCUGUGGAGAAUGAAAAAGAGGAGGACAAAGAGGCGGAACAAGAACAGGAAACAGAUCAGGAUCUCGAACAGGAGGAGGAACCGAUGGAUGAUGUAAUUAUGUCGCCUCCAGUUGCUACCACAAUUGCAUCGUCACCUCCCAUGUUGCUUGUGACUUUAGUUCCCCCUCUUGCCACGCCCACACAACCCCCGCCAAAUGUGGUUCCUGCUCCUCCGGCACGUCCGCCAAUGCCACGAAGCUGCAGCAGCGCCAACUCAUCAUCCUCGCUGAGCAACGAUGCGGCACCACGAGUUCAAGCCAGGACAUCGCGUAAUCGACGAUCCUAUCCCUGCCCCCUGUGCCAUCGUCCCUUUGGAACCCGCCACAAUCUCAAGCGACACUACAUGAUCCACACCGGCGAGAAACCGUUCAGUUGCAGCAAGUGUCGCAAGCCCUUCCGGGAGUGCUCCACACUCAAGAAACAUAUGGUGACACAUGUGCGAGAUCGUUGGUACAAAUGCCUCCGUUGUCCAGCCAAAUAUCAAGACUAUCUGCAUUACACGGAGCACAAGGCGACACAUGGCUCAGAUCCACAGCUAGAGACGGGCUUAAACAGUCACCACAGACAGCGUUCCUCGGAUAGCGAAGAUGGCGACAGUUCUGUCGAUGAUUGGCUGGAGUGCUGUGAGUGUCAACGGCGUUUCACCCAACUGGACGCAUAUACGGCGCAUCUGAAGCAGCACGACUUGGAACUGUACGGCAUGAGUGUCGAUGAUAUAGACGAUGAGGAUCAGGAAGUCGAUGUAGCCUAGUUACCCAUAUAUAAGCAUUCCAAUUGUUGAUGCAUUCCAAUCUAAUAAACAGUUGAUAAGCUGUUCAACAGCAGUCCUUAAUGGAAUAUAUUCCAUACACGAAUUAAAACUAUUGUACUUUAAAAAAAUAUUCCUGAAGUAUUCCCAUUGAGCUGUUUGUGGCUUCUAUAAGUUAGCUUAAGAUAAUAAUUAAUUUUUUAUGAUAAAUAUUAAUAUAUAUUUUGUAAACGUAUUAA